UGUAUGGAGAGAGCUGUAGUUGGCCUCUAAAGGGAUUGAGCCAGUUCAGGCCAGCCUGCUGCUCUUUCUCUCCUUCUCUCCUUUUCUUUUCCCUCUCACUCUCUCUUCCUGUCCUGUCUGUUUAAGGAGAGAGAGAUUGGGAAAUUCCUUCAAGCUACUUUACUUCAGGUUUCUGUGGGAUUUAAACAUGCACACUGAGAUUUUGGUACAGUCCAUGUUGGUGCCGUUGUUUCUGAUUCUGCUCUCUACCGUGGAGGACACUUUGUUACAAUCGGUGAGCCGGGUGGGUGGUGUGUGUAAGCUGUCCACAGAGUCAUCCCUGCGCCGCUGCCGGACACCGGAUGGCAAGAUCUGCAGUGGGAGGGGAAAGUGUGACUGCGGCAUCUGCAUCUGUGAGGCCACAGAUCCAGGGAAGUUCUACGGUCCACGCUGCGAGUGCCAUGACUGGGUCUGUGCUACACAUAAUGGGAAAAUCUGCAAUGACCGUGGCUACUGUGACUGUGGACCAUGUGAGUGUGAUGAAGGCUGGUUCGGAGAUGCCUGCCAGUUCCAGGAGGAGUGCAACCUACCGGGCAGGAAGAGCAAAGAGCUUUGCAAAAACCCACAGGGGGUGUUAUGCUCCAACAGAGGCACAUGCCACUGUGGAAGCUGCAUGUGUGACAACAGGGGUCUGGUGACGGGGCGUUUCUGUGAGUGUGACGACAGCGAGUGUCUGGACGAGGACACCGGAGAGGUGUGUGGAGGCCACGGCCAGUGUUACUGUGGAAACUGCUACUGUGCUGCUGGUUGGCACGGAGACAAAUGUGAAUUCCAGUGUGACAUCAGCCCAUGGGAAAGCAAGCAGAGAUGCACAUCACCAGAUGGCAAAAUCUGCAGCAACAGAGGGACCUGUGUGUGUGGGGAGUGUAACUGUUAUGAUGUAGAUCCCUCGGGCAACUGGGGAGAUAUCCAUGGAGACACCUGCGAGUGUGAUGAGAGGAACUGUCUUGCAACCUACGACCGAUACACGGAUGACUUCUGCUCAGGUCAUGGCCAGUGUAAUUGUGGCAGGUGUGACUGCAAAGAGAAAUGGGUUGGGAAGAAGUGUGAGCAUCCUCUGUCCUGCUCCCUGUCUCUGGAUAGCAGUCUGAAGAAGUGUCGAGGAACGUCCAAUUUGCCCUGCUUCGGACGAGGUCAGUGCCAAUGCGGACUGUGUACUUGCUACCCACCUGGGGAAAGUCGUAUUCAUGGCAAAAACUGUGAGUGUGACGACCGUCAGUGCGAGGACCUCAACGGAGAGGUCUGUGGAGGUCACGGUUACUGUUCAUGUGGACGCUGUAUCUGCGAGGAGGGCUGGUUCGGGAAGCUGUGCCAGUUCCCCAGGUCUUGUGACAUGAGUGACGUUCAGAGCAAAGAGCUUUGUGAGACUUCUGAUGGUGUCAUGUGCAGUGGAAAAGGUUCCUGUCACUGUGGCAAAUGCAUGUGCUCAUCCCAAGACUGGUGGGUGUCCGGAGAGUACUGCGAAUGUGACGACCGAGAGUGUGACAAACAUGACGGCCUCAUCUGUACAGGGAAUGGGUUGUGCGGUUGCGGCAACUGUGAGUGCUGGGAUGGCUGGACGGGAAACGCUUGCGAAAUCUGGGUGGGAGUGGAGUACUGAGGAGAGAACACUAGUUUUAGAGACAAGAGGCCUGGCUGCCCGGAGCGACCAGGAGCACGGUGGUCAUGACCAGGCUGGUAAAACGCCACAGCCAGGAAAACCACUAGAGGAGGGAGAAGAAAAAACUAAACAUGGAUGUAAUUCUGCAUAUCACUAACAGCAUUCCUUCUUUUAUUGUACUGGUUACAAAUGAUCCUUAAUACAAGUGGGUAUUGUAGGUGUAAAAGAAACAUAUUACCAUGUAAACAUUUGUUUCCAAAACAGCUUUAUGUAUAAUUUACCUUUUUAUAAUGUAGGAACGCUUACAUAUUCAAGAUGGCUACACAUAAUAGGAUGCAGGUACAUGACAAAUCCAAAUGUUGUAAAGGGAAGAAUUAUUAAAGUUACAUUUUUGGA